AUGAGAGGACUUCUAGCAUUCGCCGCCUGCUUGGUGGCAAGUGUCCAGAUAGCUGAAGCGCUUGUUUACAAGCUAGGCGAUGAGGAGCCGCAUACGAUCGAUCGCAACCUGGUCAUCUCGCAAGGCUCUGAAAAGUCAGUGGACGAAUACCCGUUUAUGGUUUCGAUUCAAGAAAUCAACAUGACCGAAGGCCUGAUGGGCAACGGCUGCGGGGCAUCGAUCAUCGACGAGAGAUGGCUGCUCACCGCCGCGCAUUGCUUGCCGCCGAAUAAGUCAGAACACGAGCACUACAUCAGUGGCAGCCGCGCCCUUGUUGGCUCGAGCACUUAUCCACGGUUGGAGCAAGAUGCGCAACUCAUUGAGCUCGAAAGCCUGCACGGGCUCGUGACCCCCGACAUUGGCCUCAUUAAGCUGCGGCAUCCGAUCAAGUUCGGAAAGCGGGUCCAGAAAAUCCUGCUCAAGCGAAACCUGAAGGUCAAGAAUGGCACUGCAAUCCAUAUCAUGGGAUGGGGCUACGGUGCCCCAUUGAAUGCAAAGGGCGAUCAUCAGCUCCAUGGCUACGUUGCCAAUUUUUUAUACAAGUGCAACGCUUGGAUCUGCUUCCGCCACGAGCUGUCUGCCGUCUGCCCGGGCGAUUCCGGAGGUCCAAUGGCCGUUCAUGUCCCGCAGCUGGAUGCCUACGUCCAGCAUAGCCUAGUGCAUGGCGUCGGCCCGGGCAAAUGUGGAAGUGUGGGACAAUUCACCAGCGGCCCCGAGCUGGCCAACUACUGCGACUGGAUCGACAAGACGGUGGGAAAGAAGAUUUGCAUC